AUGGAAUAUCAACAUCCCCACGGCCACAUGAGGCCUCCGCCUCCGUCCACGGCGGAACCCUACCAAAGACCACCACUUUCAGUUCCUCCGCCGCCGCCAAGCCAACCCUGGCCCUACUCCGCCACCCAAUUUCAAUACCAAUCCCAAACUCAGCAUUCCCCUUCUCCACCUCCGCCGCAGUGGCGGUCCCCUCAAUCCUCCGAUCGCGCGCCUUAUCCUUCUCCUCAUUUUCCUGUGCACCAGCCUUCGCCUUAUCCUGCCCAACCUCACUACCCACCCUCCCAUCCGCUUCCACCAAGACCGCUUCACGCUCCGCUGCCUUACUCUCAGGAUUGGGGAAGUAGCUGGACUCCGCAGCAGAGUUGGCAGUACCAAACAAAUAACAAUGAGGAAGAUUGGGGAGCAAAAGCUAAAGCAUGGCUUGCUGCGAAAGCUGCCACAGAAAAUCAGAACCCUUCUCCGCAGUUUGUAACAGGCGGAGGAACAGAAGAGAAGUAUCAGUACCGUGAGCAAUAUUCUCAAUGCAGUGACCCUCAUACCCAGUUCUCUUCCGCAUCAAACUAUCAACAGUACCCAGGUGCAGUGGGACCCACAAACCAUACAGGUCUCUGUCAGUUCCAAGAGUCCCAGGAUGCCAGUUCUGGACAAUCUUCUUAUGGGGCAAAUAUGCAUGUGGCUUCUGCUGCUAGAGAUGGAUGCCAUUCAACUACACCUAUAAAUCCAUUAGUCCAUCAGCAGGAGGUACCUUCUAGUUAUUCUUCUGUUGCAGGCAAUGAAGAGGUUGGAGAUAGAUAUGAAAGUUUCAAUAGCUCUUCAUCUCUGCCUGUUGCCCUUCCUCCUCAACAUGUCCAGCUGCUGUCACCUGGACGAGAUGGACGGGUGCAGGAACCUCGUAAUUUUGGCAGCAUUCCAGCUGAGUCCCCAUCAACUCUGAGAGAUCAACCUUUUAAUUUUGCCCCUCAGCUUACGCGUAACCUGGACCCACAUGCACAACCCAAUUAUAAUUAUUCUUCAGGAGCUGUUAGAGGUGGGGAGACUAUAUCUUCAAACUAUGCAUGGCCAUCUUCUACGGUGCCAGGAGGUGCUUAUCCCCUGUUGCCUCCACCAAACCCAUCAGUUGCACAGGUUGAUCAUCCAAUAGCUAUGCCUUCUCCAGCUUCCGGACAUCCUGCUCCUAUGUUUCCUACUGGGCCUAGUUUCCAGCCAACAAUUCCUAUGAUAGGAGCUGCCUUUGGUGUUGGUGUGGGAGUAGCACCUCCUCCUACAGCUUUUCCUGUAGAUGCUCAUGGCGUUUCUGAACGCCCUAAGAAGGCAUCAGUACCUAAUUGGCUUAGGGAGGAAAUAAUUAAAAACAAAGCUGUUAUCACAAGUUCUGUCCCAGAGAUUCCCAAAGACGACUCCCAGUCCAUUGAAGAAGAUAGUAUUGGCAAGUCUUUCAGGAAAGGAUAUCAAGGGGAUAGCAAAAGCAUUGAUUCUUCUAGGUCAACUGAAGAUGAGGACGAAGAUGAGGAUGAUGUAGAAGCGGCAAGAACUGCAGCCAUCAACCAGGAGAUAAAGCGUGUACUUACAGAAGUCCUGAUGAAGGUUGUUACUGAUGAACUUUUCGAUGAAAUAGCAACCAAAGUUCUAAUAGAAGACGAUCUCUCAGUUGAAGUUGGCCGUGACGUUGGCUUGUCAAACCACCAAAUGUUACCCUCUAUGCAAUCUGUUUCAAGACCCAAGGCAUCUGCAAAGAUUCUGACUCCUAUAAAGACCAAGGAUAGUGAUUAUGAGGAUGCCAGUGAAAAAUCAACCUCUGCCCCCCCUGGGGACAUACUAGGUUUGGGUAGUUAUGUCUCAGACGAGGAAGACGAGGAUAUACAGAGUAAUUUCAAGGAAAGCUCUACUCAUCUGCAAUCUUUCUCGGGCAAACCUUUGAAAGGUAGUUCUAUCAACGAAAAUGGCUCUUCCAUGGGAGCAACAGAGGAACAAUCGAACUUCCCUGCUAAACUGGACUCUGAUAGCACUAACAAAAAGAGUCCAGUCAGUGCUACUCCUGAAGGCAGUGUUGCAAAAUUGGAGUUCAGUGAUUAUAAGAAAGCUGGAGACCUAGCAUUCAUUGAUGAGGGACGUUCCUCAAAGAGGGUCUAUAGGAUUGCAGCAGAUGAAUUGCAACAUGAACCUGAUAUUUCCAAGCUAAAUAAUUCGCUGAAUAAAAAGGUCGAGAGAAAUGAGGAUGAUUCGGAUGCCAGAAGGGUGGCUAAAGAUGAUUCCGGAAUCCAAGAUAUUCGUAAUCGCUAUGAUAAGAAUGAUAGGACUGAACAUAAAAGGAGCUCGGCUAAUAAAGACCCCAAUUAUUCAGAAAGUUCCAUGGAAGGGAUCAAUAAGAAAGGCGAUGAGGGGAAUGGAAGGCACUCAAGAACUGAAAGGCCAGAGUAUCACAAUAAUUCAGAAGAUAAGGGUAAGGAGAAAGGUAGGACUGAUGGAAUAGUAAAGAAUAAUGAGUCAAGGAAACGCCAUUCAUCUUUAGGUGGCAAGGAAGGUUGUAUCUCCACUGAGAUACAGAGAGAUAAAAGAGCUAGUGAGAAAAAAGAAUACAACGAUAGAAGAGAAGAUGGAACAAGGGGAGAGAAAAGAGAACGCUCUCGAGAUAAAAUCGAAAGUAAAUCAAGCCAACAUAAACGGCGACAUUCUUCUUCUGUCAGAGAUAGGGAUAGCAAGGAUAACUCUUUGGUUAAUCGAGCACGUGAUUCCAGCCACGAGUCGUUGAAUGAUUCUAGAAGAAAAUCACAUGAUUCACAUCACUCAAGAAGGCGUAAAUCCCCAUCACCUGUCAGGUCAAGAAAGAGGGGAAAAAGAUCAUCUUCUAGAUCAAGGUUUCUCAUAGAUCGACAGAAUCUCCGCCAGUACUGGAUGCAUCUCCCUGUGGCCCAAAGCUGUCUUCUUUGA